CUUCUAUCAUAUCACAGUCUCAUACCACCACUUACAAACAUGGAAGGAAGAGUUUUCACAGAAGAGCAAGAAGCUCUUGUGGUCAAAUCAUGGGCAGCAAUGAAGAAGAAUGCUGGAGAACACAGUGUCAAGUUCUUCAAAAAAAUAUUGGAGAUUGCUCCUGCAGCUCGGCCAAUGUUCUCGUUCUUGAAAGAUUCUAACGUCCCUUUGGAGGAAAACCCGAAGCUGAAGCCCCAUGCCAUGGCUGUCUUUGUCAUGACCUGUGACUCGGCUGCUCAACUGAGGAAAGCUGGUAAAGUGACUGUGAGGGAAUCAAACUUGAAAAAAUUAGGUGCUUCUCAUUUUAAAGCCGGUGUUGCACCGGAGCAUUUUGAGGUAACAAAAAUGGCACUUUUGGAGACCGUAAAAGAAGCAGUGCCUGAAAUGUGGUCAGAGGCAAUGAAGAAUGCGUGGGAAGAAGCUCAUGAUCAGCUGGCUGAUGCCAUCAUAUCUGAAAUGAAGCCCUCGUCUUAGAUUCUAGUUCCUUUUUCUCGGAUUGAAUAAGAUUGAUAAGGUGGUGUUUCUAUGGA